AUGGCGGAAACAAAAGACCCUGCAAUCAAGUUGUUUGGUAAGACUAUUCCAUUGCAGGAGAUUCCCUUGAAAUCCCCAAAAAAGUGGUCACGAAAAACUGAAGUUCACCCUCAUGACGUUGAUAACGACGACGACGAAGGAGAUGAUGAUGAAAUUGAUACAAAGGAUAUGGACGAAAAUAGUAUUCCAAGUGACAGAGAAAUUGACAAGCAUUCUGAUAUACUGAACAUAGCUGGUUCUAAUGUUUUUUUUUUUUUUUUUUUUUUUUUUUUUCUUAAUUUUAUUUUUUCAUUACAUUAUCAGAUUGACCAAGACGGAAAGACAUUUCAAACAGAACAAGUUAGAGUCUCACCUGAAGUUUCAAAUAAGAGUACUUGUCAAGCUGUGUCAUUAAGAUGCACUAAUAAUCUUGAGGCUUUAUCAGGUGCUAAAGAAAAGGCAUCAGGUGAAUCAUUUGCUCCUGAAGAAGAAAAGGCAGAGAUGAGUUCGUCCCAAAAUACGACUCCAAAGAAACCUGAUAAGAUACUCCCAUGCCCCCGGUGCAAUAGUAUGGACACAAAGUUCUGUUACUAUAAUAAUUACAACGUCAACCAGCCUCGUCACUUCUGUAAAAACUGUCAAAGAUAUUGGACAGCUGGUGGUACAAUGAGGAAUGUGCCUGUUGGUGCUGGGCGUCGCAGAAACAAGAACUCAGUCUCUCAUUAUUGUCAAGUCACCAUUCCAGAAGCACUCCAUAAUACUCAGCCUGAUAUUCCUAAUGCGUUCCACCCUGCACUACCAACUAAUGGCACCGUCCUCAGCUUCAGCUCAGAUGUACCCCUUUGUGAGUCGAUGGCAUCAAUCUUAAACCUUGCAGAAAAGACAGAAAAUAAUUGUUCGCGUAAUGGAUUUCAAAAGCCAGAGGAGUUAAAAAUACCCAAUCGUUUCGGAGGCUUGGAACAUGGAGGUAACGACUUUGAUGGAUCAAAUUCAAAUGAUUAUGCUAGCAAAUCGGCUUUAAAUGAGUCAGCAGCUCCUUAUAGCCUUCCCUUCCCUCAAAUCCCAUGCUACCUCGGAGCACCUUGGCCUUAUCCUUGGAACUCAACUCAAUGGAGCUCACCUAUAGCAGCUCCACCUUUCUGCCCAAACGGCUUUGCUAUUCCUUUUUAUCAUGCACCUCCGUAUUGGGGAUACAAUGUACCAGGAACAUGGAAUAUUCCUUUGAUGGCCCAAUUAUCUCAUGUAAGUCAUUCAAACUCGAGCUCUGGCCCAAACUCUCCUUUAGGAAAACAUUCAAGAGAUGGGACUAUGCUAAGUCCAACCAAUUCUGAGGAGAAAGAGAUGGAAGGGACCGGUUCCGAGAGAUCUAUUUGGAUCCCAAAAACCUUGAGGAUUGAUGAUCCAGGAGAACUAGCAAAAAGCUCAAUAUGGACAACCCUUGGGAAGAAAAAUAGUGAGAAACCAGUAACUAUAGGUCGAGGUACUGGUCUUUUCAAGGCAUUCCAAUCAAAGCGCGAUGGGAAUGAUCCUCACAUGGAAACCUCUGCAGUACUGCAAGCAAAUCCAGCAGCCUUAUCUAGGACACAAAAUUUUCAAGAAAACUCAAGAUGACCCAAUAUGCAUUUGUUCAUUUCUCUCCGUUUCAAUGGAAAUUGAGGGCUUUCUGUAACAACAUUCAACUUUCAGCCUAAAUCUAAUCGUCGAAAAUUUACUUGACAGCCUUACAAGUGCAAUUUCAGAACAGACUUAAAGACAAGUAAGCCUCUUAAUUCUUUUUCCGAACUGGCUCUUUAUAUAUAACAAGCUAAGCACUGAACCAUUCCGCAAGCUGAGACUGAAGAGAUUUGAUUCAUUCUUCUCCUUUGAUAUAUUCUCCUCAUGGCUGUCAGUAAUAGCAUAUGCUGGUGCUGCUAUAGAUUCGCUUUCGAUUUUUCUCGAGAUUUCAUUAAAUGUAUAUAUAUACAGUUGCAUAAGUGAGUGAAGUAGAUGUUUUUGGCAUGAUACCAGGUUGUACAUAAAUAAGUAGCUGGAAUGAAUGUUAGAAUGGAGUUUGUUGUAGUGUGACAAAAAUCAUCUUGCACCAAAAACUUUAGUCAAUCAUGGUUUUUGUUUAGUCGAACUCUGUGAUUACGAGGAAGGUUUUGCCUUGUUAAAGAACAAAUUCUUUAUAAAAUUAGUUUUUUUUUUUUUUUUUUUUUUUUUUUUUUUGAGGGCUUAUAAGAUUCACCUCAUGGUACUCCACGCCCAAUAAAACGGGGUAAAAACUCAAUAAACAAAAUGAAAGAGUGUAAAAGCAGAACCUUAAAUUUAACAAAAUAACAAUUUAACAUAAACAAGUAACACACUAACAUGAAACUAACUCAUUUAUAAAAUUCAUUUCAUGAAAUUAAAAUUUUUCUCUCCGUUUUCACUCUUCUUUGUUUUCUCUCUAUUUCAAACUCUGUACUGCUACAACUCCAUUAAAAUUCUUCAAUGGCUUUGAGGAUAGCUGAUGGCAUUCACCACCUUUUG